CUUAUAAUAAUAAUAAAGCCCCAGGUUUGACUUUUCACCCGAGACAGCCGAGAUUGGUUUUACACUCUUGUACCCCCAGACUCCUCCUGUUGGCCUAUUGUGGUGUUCCACCACUCUCCACCCUUCCCGAAGAACUCCUCGCUCCCAAGAGCCUUGUCCUGCCUGCAUCCUCCCAGAUGGUUGUAACACUCUAGGGGCUGCUUCUCUUUCUGCAGCACAAAGUGUGAUGGGUCCCCGUUGAGGACAAUGGCCAGAAGUCAAGAUGCUGCAUUCCCUGCUGGCCGCUGCUCCAUGUUAAAGGCUGCAAUCUGCCCUGGGUCUGCAUAUCAAGGGUGGUGGUCUUUUUUAAGGGCCCAGCAAUUGUUACUAAACAGGCGUACCUGAGCAGGGAGCAGCUGAUUCCCCUGUAAAGCAGGUUUGUUUCUGGCUGGCAGAGAUGAUGCCAUUGAAAGCAGCCGCCUGACUCCCCCGGCCCCACCAUGCCCUUUUCUGACUUUGUCUUAGCGCUGAAGGACAAUCCCUACUUCGGGGCUGGCUUUGGCCUGGUAGGGGUGGGCACAGCUCUGGCUUUGGCCCGGAAGGGGGCCCAGUUUGGGGCGGUUGCUUUUCGCCGACACUACAUGAUCACCUUGGAGGUGCCCAGCAAGGACAAGAGCUACCAGUGGCUGCUGAGUUGGAUCUCGCACUACGCCAAGCACACUCAGCACCUGAGCGUGGAGACCUCGUACCUGCAACACGAGAGCGGGCGCAUCAGCACCAAGUUCGACUUUAUCCCCAGCCCAGGGAACCAUUUCAUCUGGUAUCGGAGGAAGUGGAUCCGCAUCGAGCGGAACCGAGAGAAGCAAAUGAUCGACCUGCACACAGGGACCCCCUGGGAGUCAGUGACGUUCACAGCCCUGGGCACCAACCGGGAGAUCUUCUUCAACAUCCUCCAGGAAGCCAGGGAAUUGGCUCUGAGGCAGCAGGAAGGGAAGACAGUCAUGUAUACGGCCAUGGGUGCCGAAUGGCGGCCGUUUGGGUUCCCGCGCCGCCGUCGGCCACUUGCCUCUGUGGUGUUGGAGAAGGGGAUCUCAGAGAAGAUUGUGCAGGACGUAAAGGAGUUCAUCGAUAACCCCAAGUGGUACACUGAGAGAGGAAUCCCGUACAGGAGGGGAUAUUUGCUUUACGGGCCCCCGGGCUGUGGGAAAAGCAGCUUCAUCAUGGCCCUGGCCGGCGAGCUGGAGUAUGGGAUCUGCUUGCUGAGCCUGAGCGACCACAGCCUCUCGGACGACCGUCUCAACCACCUCCUCAGUGUGGCACCGCAACAGAGCAUCAUCCUCCUGGAGGACGUGGAUGCGGCCUUCCUCAGCCGGGACCUCGCUGCGGAGAACCCAACUGCCUACCAGGGCAUGGGACGGCUGACCUUCAGCGGCCUCCUUAACGCGCUGGACGGCGUCGCCUCCACGGAGGCCCGGAUCGUCUUCAUGACCACCAACCACGCUGACAGGUUGGACCCAGCCCUGGUUCGCCCUGGCCGGGUGGAUCUGAAGCAGUACGUGGGACCCUGCUCCCAUUGGCAGAUUUCCCACAUGUUCCAGCGCUUCUACCCAGACCAGCCCGUGGCUGCCGGCGAAAAGUUUGCAGAGCAGGCCCUGCGUGUCUCCGAGCAGAUCAGCGCCGCCCAGGUGCAGGGCCACUUCAUGCUGUAUAAAGCAGACCCAGCCGGGGCCAUUGAAAACGUGCAGUCGAUUUCACUGUGACCGAGGGCGGGCGCCCUCAAAGGGGAGGGGCUUGCAGCUCCAUCACUGGGAGUGACUCAUGGAGGACGUGAUAACCGUGAGGAUGCUGCUUUGUGACAGUCCCAUGGAGCCGAUCGCUCUUCGUUUUGCUACCUCAACAAGGCCUCGAGUUUCUAUUAAAAUAUAAAAAGAACUAGGA